AUGUCUGCUAAGAAUUUGCUGAAACAUAUUAAAGUAUUAACGUUUGAUGUUCAUAAUGUUCUUCUAACAGUUAAAAAUGGUGCUCCUAAUCAAUAUGCUCGUUUAGCUCGUCAACAUUUGGGUAUUCAAUCCAUCGAUGAAUCGUUACUUCGAUCCAAUUUUGUGCAAGCUUUUCGAACAUUAAAUACAACUCAUCCAGGAUAUGGUGUUAAUACAAAUAUAUCAUCUCGUCAAUGGUGGACAUUAUUGAUUGAACAUACGUUUAAAGAAUGUCAUUUAUCAUCAGAAAAAAUUGAAAAAUUAAGUCAAAUAAUUUAUGAUGAAUUUGCUAAGGGUGAACUAUGGAUAAAACAUCCCGAAGCGGAUGAAGUUUUAAAAGAAUUAAAAACGAAGAAAAUUCUUGGUGUUAUAUCAAAUUUUGAUGAACGUCUUGAAUCACUUCUUGAACAACAUAAUCUUCGACAAUAUUUUCAAUUUAUUUUAACACCUCGAAAUUGUGGAUUAUAUAAACCACAAAAAGAAAUCUUUCAUCAUGCUGUCAAUCUCGCACAAGUUAAAUCAAAUAAUAAUUUAUGUCAUAUAGGUGAUGAUAUCAAACUUGAUUAUCAAGCAGCACGAGCAGCAAAUUGUCAUGUUUUAUUACUUACUAAAGAUGAAAAAUCCAAGCAAACAUUAUUAAAUGAACAUCAAAAUAUUGAGAAAAAUAAUGUUAUUUCAAAUCUUAAAGAAUUGUUAAAUUUAUUUAUUUAA